AUGCAGAGGGUGUCAUGCAGAGGGUGUCAUACAGAGGGUGUCAUGCAGAGGGUGUCAUGCAGAGGGUGUCAUACAGAGGGUGUCAUGCAGAGGGUGUCAUGCAGAGGGUGUCAUACAGAGGGUGUCAUGCAGAGGGUGUCAUACAGAGGGUGUCAUGCAGAGGGUGUCAUGCAGAGGGUGUCAUACAGAGGGUGUCAUGCAGAGGGUGUCAUACAGAGGGUGUCAUGCAGAGGGUGUCAUGCAGAGGGUGUCCUGCAGAGGGAGUCAUACAGAGGGUGUCAUGCAGAGGGAGUCAUACAGAGGGAGUCAUACAGAGGGUGUCAUGCAGAGGGUGUCAUGCAGAGGGUGUCAUGCAGAGGGUGUCAUACAGAGGGUGUCAUACAGAGGGAGUCAUACAGAGGGAGUCAUACAGAGGGUGUCCUGCAGAGGGAGUCAUACAGAGGGUGUCAUGCAGAGGGUGUCAUACAGAGGGUGUCCUGCAGAGGGUGUCAUGCAGAGGGUGUCAUACAGAGGGUGUCAUGCAGAGGGUGUCAUGCAGAGGGUGUCAUACAGAGGGUGUCAUACAGAGGGUGUCAUGCAGAGGGUGUCAUGCAGAGGGUGUCAUGCAGAGGGUGUCAUACAGAGGGUGUCAUGCAGAGGGUGUCAUGCAGAGGGUGUCAUACAGAGGGUGUCAUGCAGAGGGUGUCAUACAGAGGGUGUCAUGCAGAGGGUGUCAUGCAGAGGGUGUCCUGCAGAGGGAGUCAUACAGAGGGUGUCAUGCAGAGGGAGUCAUACAGAGGGAGUCAUACAGAGGGUGUCAUGCAGAGGGUGUCAUGCAGAGGGUGUCAUGCAGAGGGGUGUCAUACAGAGGGUGUCAUACAGAGGGAGUCAUACAGAGGGAGUCAUACAGAGGGUGUCCUGCAGAGGGAGUCAUACAGAGGGUGUCAUGCAGAGGGUGUCAUACAGAGGGUGUCAUACAGAGGGUGUCAUGCAGAGGGAGUCAUACAGAGGGAGUCAUACAGAGGGUGUCAUGCAGAGGGAGUCAUACAGAGGGAGUCAUACAGAGGGUGUCAUGCAGAGGGUGUCAUACAGAGGGUGUCAUACAGAGGGUGUCCUGCAGAGGGUGUCCUGCAGAGGGUGUCCUGCAGAGGGUGUCCUGCAGAGGGAGUCAUACAGAGGGUGUCCUGCAGAGGGAGUCAUGCAGAGGGUGUCAUACAGAGGGUGUCCUGCAGAGGGAGUCAUACAGAGGGUGUCAUGCAGAGGGUGUCAUACAGAGGGUGUCCUGCAGAGGGUGUCCUGCAGAGGGAGUCAUACAGAGGGUGUCCUGCAGAGGGAGUCAUACAGAGGGUGUCAUACAGAGGGAGUCAUGCAGAGGGUGUCCUGCAGAGGGUGUCAUACAGAGGGUGUCAUACAGAGGGAGUCAUGCAGAGGGUGUCCUGCAGAGGGUGUCAUACAGAGGGAGUCAUGCAGAGGGUGUCAUACAGAGGGUGUCCUGCAGAGGGAGUCAUACAGAGGGUGUCAUGCAGAGGGAGUCAUACAGAGGGUGUCAUGCAGAGGGUGUCAUACAGAGGGUGUCAUGCAGAGGGAGUCUUACAGAAGGUGUCCUGCAGAGGGAGUCAUACAGAGGGUGUCAUGCAGAGGGUGUCAUGCAGAGGGUGUCCUGCAGAGGGAGUCAUACAGAGGGAGUCAUACAGAGGGUGUCAUACAGAGGGUGUCAUACAGAGGGUGUCAUACAGAGGGUGUCCUGCAGAGGGAGUCAUACAGAGGGAGUCAUGCAGAGGAUGCGGCGCUGCAGAAGUCGGUGUCGAGCUGCUGUUUCUCAGGUUUUAUCCCGUCGUAAAAGCCGUGGACUCAGCACUCCUGAUCGUUUAUGGGAUGGACUUUCUCUUGUUCUGGUGA